ACGCUCGUCCAACCACAGCCCAUCCAUUUCCACCAUGCUCUCCAGAUCUGCCCUCCGCCUCUCUGCCAGACUCUCCUCCAGGCGUGCCGCCGUUGCCCCCCAAUUCGUCGCCCGACGAGCUGCCUCAACCUCUGCGGGCGGUCACAAGGCCUCAAGCGACCUUCCUUGGAUCGCUAGCUCCUUGGUUGGCUUCGGUGGUCUCACCGCUUUCAUCCUUGUCCCCUCAAAAAAGACUGUCCACCACGCAGUCACCCCUCAUGAUGACGAAAAGGCCGAGACCAACGAGUCUGCGCCCAAGGCUUCCACCGGUGGCGACCCCGUAGAGUCUCCCAACACUACUGAGCGGGCUGUCGCUUCCGAGGACCCCAAGGACACCCACCCCAAUGCUGAACAUUCCGCCGGGGACAUGGCUACCAAGAAGGAGGGCAAGGGCGAGAAGCCCAGCGAAGAGACCAAGCCUUCUGCCAAGGACGGAGGCGCCAACGCCAACGAGACGGCUCAGGUCCAGAAGGCUGCCGAGGACGAGGAGAAGAAGGACGAGCCCGAGGAGGAGAAGAAGGACGGUGAGGAGAAGAAGGAGGCGGAAAGUGUCGAGCAGGCUACCAAGUCUGACGCUCCCGCUGAGGCCAAGGAGGCCGAGGAGAAGGAUGAAUCUCCCGCCGAAAAGAAGAGCGUGGAGCAAGCUACCAAGUCUGACGCCCCCGUCGAGGCUAAGGAGGCCGAGGAGAAGGGUGACUCUCCUGCUGAGAAGGAGGAGUAAAAAACACGGACAAAAGUAUAAACAGAAGAAUAUUGUAGGCAUGCUCUUAGUCUAUCAUUACAUGGCAUGUAACCAGCUAAGCAUAUCGCCCAAUCUGGAUCUGUAUGUAGGGCGGUGCUCACAGGGAACAGGAGAUGUGUAACAAGCUGCUCAAUGGCUGGACGCCGAUAACAUACUUGUAUCCUCACCGAGUUCCUUAACCACCGGCAGUCGCUCGGCAUGGAUGUAAUAGUCGGCAAGGACACUGAAGGCAACAACCAUCCUUGCCGCUACACCCACAACGCCCCCGGAAGAGGAGCGCCAGUCUGAUGUCCCCCUAUUUCCCUAUCUAUUCGCUUCCUCUCCUUUCACAGUGUGUCCAGCCUGAAUUCUCCUACGGAGUUAUCUCUUUUAUUCCUCCCUCCUUAUAACCACCUUGCCUUAGCUGGUAUCACAAACCUUCCGUUGGCUCCGGACCGGCCGAGAUGUAUAUCGCCUGAACGACCCUGUUUUGGCAGCCAAAGGAAACACCCCUGUAUAUCUUCUCAUACUGCGUAGCCUUCCCCCGGGCUCACGUAAAGUCUCGCCCUUCUCCUUG